GCCCCGCCCUCCCCUCCCCCCACUCCUCCCCAAUGAGCGCUCCGCCUCUGAACGUCAAGGCACACGUCGAUUUCAUCGCCGCACUCGACAAGAAAAAGAAUGACUAUGAGUACUGGCUCACUGAGCAGGCUGUUCUGAACGGGAUCUACUGGGGCCUGACGGCGCUCUUCCUGCUGGGUGCCCCGGACACCUUGGUUCGCGAGGAUGUCAUUCAGUUUGUUGUCGACUGCUGGGACUCGAAGACCGGAGGUUUCGCCGGCAACAUCGGCCACGAUGCGCACCUGCUGUAUACCUUGAGUGCCAUCCAGAUUCUGGCAACUUACGAUGCUCUGGAUCGGGUGGAUACCGAUCGCGUGGUUGAGUAUGUGUGCUCGCUGCAGCUGCCGGGUGGUGCCUUCCAGGGAGAUCGCUUCGGUGAGGUCGACUCGCGCUUCAGCUUCUGCGCCUUGGCCUGUCUCACUCUUUUGGGGAAACAGGACAGUUGCGAUGUGCCGGCCGCUGUGGACUUCGUUGUCCGGUGCAAGAACUUUGACGGCGGCUUCGGCAGUGUCCCUGGCGCCGAGAGCCAUGCUGGCCAGGUGUUCUGCUGCGUCGGCGCCUUGGCUCUCACCAACUCGAUUGAUAAGCACAUCGACCGCGACCACCUGGGCUGGUGGCUGGCCGAGCGCCAGCUCCCGAACGGCGGUCUGAAUGGCCGUCCGGAGAAGCUGGCAGAUGCACGUCCCCCUUUGAUGCUCCCCCUCCCUGCCUGUCCCUCCGCGCGUUUGGCGGCUCCCUUCCCCCAUGCUGACACACGCGCACAUGUAUGCACCUUCGUUCUUCGCAUGCGCCGCCCCUGGCUUCCGCAGGUUUGCUAUUCCUGGUGGUGCCUCAGCGCGCUGACCAUCCUGGACCGGCUUCAUUGGAUCUCGGCCGAGCCGCUGUCCAACUUCAUCCUCAACGCCCAGGCCCUCGAGGACGACCAGUACUCGCGCGAGUCGGCCAACAAGCUGUCCGGCCAGGCGCUGGACGAUGCGCAAGACCACGGCGGCAUUGCCGAUCGUCCGGGUGACCGGCCCGACGUCUUCCACACGCUUUUCGGGGUAGCCGGUCUUUCCCUGCUGAAGUAUCCCGGCCUGGAGCCCGUGGACCCCCUCUUCUGCAUGCCGCUCAAGGUGACCCAGCGCCUUGGCCUGGCCAAGGAGAAAUACUGACGGGCAUCCGGAUGUAUCCGGCACAGGCCCAGGCGGUGCUGCUCGCUGACAGGACCGGCGCCUGAAGUGGCCCCCUGUGUGCCGGGCUCCCCGGCUACUGACGUCCCCCACUUGGCUGGCGUAUGCACACAUCAAUACACAUACAUACACAGCGGCACGGCUGCACGCGAG